UUUGAUUGUGUGUAUUGUCAUCUUCUCCCGCGUUUCCAACUGAAUCACCCACACGAAAGUUUGUUAGUGCCAAUGGACCGAGCAACCAAGCUCUCAAAAGCCAUUUACCUGAAUUCCAACAAUCCUAACCUAGCAUGGCUUCUCUUCAAGCGAAUCCUCUCUUCCCCGAUCCCCGCUUCCUCUUCCUUCUUCAAGCCCUCUCUUCAAUCUGUACCCAUUAUUGCCCGUAUCCUCAUCACUUCAAAAAUGCACCCACAGAUCGAUCACCUUCACCAACUCCUCUUGUCGCAGCACCGGGAUUUUGCUCAUCCAUCUGGAUUUUCACUUGUUCGAACGUUGGCUGAUUUGGGUCUCUUUGAAAACGCCAUUUCUCAGUUUCGUUCGCUUCGAGCCAGGUUUCCUCAUGACCCUCCUCCUAUUUCUUUCUACAAUCUUCUGUUUCGAUGUUCUUUGAAGGAAAGCCGUGUUGAUUGUGUGAUUUGGUUAUAUAAGGAUAUGGUUGUUGCGAGAGUUAACCCACAGACUUAUACUUUUAAUCUGCUGAUAAGUGCGCUUUGUGAAAUGGGAUACUUGGAGAAUGCACGAGAAGUGUUUGAUAAAAUGUCUGAAAAAGGGUGUAAGCCUAAUGAGUUUAGUCUUGGGAUUUUGGUUCGUGGGUAUUGUAGAGCUGGGCUCCAUUCUAAUGGGAUUGAUCUUUUGGACGAGAUGAGGAGCUCUGGUGCUUUUCCUAAUAGGGUUGCGUACAAUACUGUGAUAUCUUCUCUUUGUGGAGAAGGUCAGACUGAGGAGGCUGAAAAAUUGGUGGAAAAGAUGAGAGAGGUUGGUCUUUCUCCUGAUAUUGUAACUUUCAAUUGUAGAAUUGCUGCCCUCUGUAAAUAUGGGCAAAUUUUAGAAGCUUCCAGAAUUUUUAGAGAUAUGCAAAUAGAUGAAGAGAUGGGGUUACCGAAGCCUAAUACUGUAACAUAUAAUUUAAUGCUAGAAGGAUUUUGUAGUGAAGGAAUGAUCGAGGAAGCUAGGGCUAUCUUUGAUUCUAUGAAAAUUUCUGAAACUCUGAACUUGAAAAGCUAUAACAUAUGGUUGUUAGGAUUGGUUAGAAGUGGAAAGCUCCUUGAAGCUCGUUUAAUUCUUAAUGAGAUGGCAGAAAAGAAUAUAAAACCCAAUCUCUACUCCUACAACAUUUUGGUACAUGGACUUUGUAGAUAUGGAAUGUUUUCUGAUGCAAGAUCUAUACUAGGCGUAAUGAGAGAGAGUGGUGUUGCUCCAGAUACUGUAACUUAUAGUACCUUACUGCAUGGAUACUGUAGAAGAGGAAAGAUGCUUGAAGCCAACUAUGUUCUUCGUGAAAUGAUACAGGUUGGUUGCUUUCCCAAUAUGUAUACUUGUAACAUCCUACUUAACAGCCUGUGGAAAGAGGGGAGGGCAUCAGAGGCGGAAGACUUGCUGCAAAAGAUGAAUGAAAGAGGUUAUGGGUUGGAUAAUGUAACUUGUAAUACAAUGAUUAAUGGCCUCUGUAAAGCUGGGAAUCUGGACAAAGCUAUUGAAAUAGUGAGUGGCAUGUGGACACAUGGAAGUGCUUCUCUUGGUAAUCUAGGGAACUCUUUUAUUGGUCUUUUUGAUAUUCGAAAUAGUGGGAAGAAGUGUUUGCCAGACCCAAUCACAUAUGCGACCAUAAUAGGUGGGUUAUGUAAGGUAGGGCGGGUUGAUGAAGCAAAAAAGAAGCUUCUGGAGAUGAUUGGGAAAAAGUUAUCUCCUGAUUCACUAAUAUUUGAUACUUUCAUAUAUAAUUACUGUAAACAAGGAAAGUUAUCUUCUGCUUUUAGAGUUCUCAAAGAAAUGGAGAAAAAAGGUUGCAACAAGAGCCUUCGAACAUAUAAUUCACUGAUCCAGGGUUUUGGUAGUGAAAAUCAAAUAUUUGAAAUAUAUGGAUUGAUGGAUGAGAUGAAAGAAAGAGGAAUUUUUCCUAACGUCUACACUUAUAAUAACAUUAUGCGCUGCCUAUCUGAAGGUGGGAAACUCAAAGAUGCCACUUGUCUUUUGGAUGAAAUGCUGCAGAAGGGGAUAUCUCCUAAUAUAUAUACAUUUAGGAUUUUAAUUGGAGCUUUCUUCAAGGCUUGCGACUUUGGAGCCGCCCAAGAAUUAUUUGAGAUAGCUUUAAGCCUUUGUGGCCAUAAGGAAUCCUUGUAUAGUUUUAUGUUCAAUGAGCUACUAGCUGGAGGUGAAACAUUGAAGGCUAAAGAGCUUUUUGAAGCUGCAUUAGAUAGAUCUCUAGCCUUGAAAAAUUUUCUUUAUAGGGACCUGAUUGAAAGACUUUGCAAGGACGGAAAGUUAGAUGAUGCAAGUUUCAUUCUUCAUAAGAUGAUGGAUAAACAGUAUAGUUUUGACCCUGCAUCAUUCAUGCCAGUGAUUGAUGAAUUGGGUAAAAGAGGGAGCAAACAUGCAGCCGAUGAAUUUGCAGAAAGGAUGAUGGAAAUGGCUUCAGAAACAGAUUUCAACCAACAUGAGAAUAAGAAUAUUCGAGGAAGAUUGAAUAAUAAUGAUGAAAGUGAUUGGCAAAAGAUAAUUCACAGAAACGAUGGCAGUGGGAUUGCACAGAAAACUCUUAAGCGUGUGUUAAAAGGCUGGGGUCAAGGAAGUAUUGCAACUUCACAGCCACAGAAAUUCAUCACAUGUGAUCACUGGGAUGGUGAUGCUUAGAGUUUUUCAAGUUCUUGAGGGACAGGCAAACAUGAAAACAUGCUAAAAUCUGCUGAGGCAUUAAAUUUUCAAGUUAGGGAGCCAAGGACAUCAGUACAUCAGGUAUCGUGAAAGAACUUGGAAUGAAUGAGAUCCAUUUUGCUAUGCUGGUCCACUGAUAGAUUUAUGCUAUUAUGCAUUAUCAAGACGCAGUGCAAUUUUUAUCCAUAGAUACCAUUAAUUUUUAGUUUUUCAGUUCGUUGAGAAGAAAAGGAGCAUUAUGAUUUAAGUACAGAAGAACUGAGGUUUUGUUAUACAUUGUGGAAAGUGGAAACUCCACCAGCAUUUCGUAGUUUCACUCUGUCAGCUUGGAGAACUAUCAGAGAGCAGUCUGAAUGGGUUGCUACUGCCAAAUGAGCUUUCUAAAGUCUGCUGAGAAAUUCUUUGGAUUCAGAGACUGAUAGUUUGUCUAGAAGAUGGACUUCAUAUUUCUUUAUUCGCCGGGCAAAAUCUUCAAGCCACCUGUGAGGCCCCCUAUCAUACACACCUACAAGCGUAAGGAAAGAAAAAAGAAUACCCACGUAGACAACCCGGCCCAGGAAAAGAAUUGAGAAAAAUAAAUGAAGAAUAUUUUGGGUAGGGGGUCCCACCGGAGGAAAAGAGGUAUUUAAGGAAUGUUUUUAGGGAUUGGUGAGGCAUCUCGUUUUUGAGUAUGAAAAGCUGUUGUGGAGGCUUUUAGGGAGUGAACUCUCUCGAUUAUAUAAAUAAAGAUCCACAAAGUGCUGCCUCUGUUUUUUUGUAUUGUGUUGGGUUUUUUUGAGUGCAGGGGAAGAGUCCUAACAAAGUGGUAUCAGAGCCGCAAACAUCCUGGGGAAGACACAAGCUAUGGCUCAAAAAGAGUGGGAGGAUAGAUUGGAAACGAAUGAGAAGGAAAUCAGGGAGUUCAAGGAAUUGAUGCUCAGUUUACUUAAGAGCAUGGAGAAUCUGUCGGAGGAGUUUAAGGAAAGUAGUCGUGCAAAACUGAGGGAGGAAUUGUGUGCCUCUGAUGGGUCUGGACUGAAAGGGAAAGGAAAAAUCAGAGAGACAGACAUGACAUCGGGUUUCGCUAGAGGGUCCUCAGACAAAAGUAAAUACAAGAAACUAGAGAUACCUGUCUUCAGUGGAGAGAACUCAGAAUUAUGGGUUUACCGAGCCAAACACUAUUUCGACAUCAAUGAGCUGGCUAAUGAGGAGAAGGUGAAGGUCGCAGUAGUCAGUUUUGGUCAGGACGCAGUGAACUAGUUUCGCUGAAGUAAUAAUCGGAAGAAGGUAAUGUCGUGGGAAGACCUCAAGAGGAGGAUGUUCAAACACUUCAAGGCUCCCGAUGAAGGUAGUUUAGGGGCCCCUCUCAUACGGAUUAAGCAGGAUGGACUAUACGCUGACUAUUUGAAGAAGUUUUUGGAGUAUUCAGUGCCAUUGCCGAAGAUGGCGAAGAGCAUAUUCAUUGACGCGUUCAUCACAGGGUUAGAGACCAAUCUGCAAGCCGAAGUUAAAAGUCGUCACCCGGUUACAUUGGAAGACUAUAUGCGGGAAGCCCAAAUGGUGAGCGAUUGUGAUAUGACCAUAAAAUUGGCCCUAAAUGAUUGGAGAGGUCGUGGGCCAGCUGUGGCAGAGGCCCAAGCCCAGAGUGGUAAACAAGUGACGCUAAAUGUGGAAAAAACAGAGGCAGCACUCUGUGGAUUUUUAUUUAUAUAACCGGGAGAGUUCACAAGAAAAGAACAGCAGAACACAAAACAAUAAUAGCAAACAGAGAAUUAAGAAAAACAAACAACAAUACUCUCCAGCAAUUCGAGAAGCUGACGUCUCCCUAAAAGCCUCCACAACAGCUUUUCAUACCAAAAAACGAGAUGCCUCACCAAUCCCUAAAAACAUUCCUUAAAUACCUCUUUUCCUCCAGUGGGACCCCCUACCCAAGAUAUUCUUCAUUUAUUUUUCUCAAUUCUUUUCCUGCGCCGGCGGGCUUGAAACUCACCUUGUCCUCAAGGUGAAAUGAAGGAUAUUGCUGGUUCAUAGUGUAAACUAACUCCCACGUCGCUUCACUGUUAUGUAGUCCCUUCCAUUUUACUAACCAUUCGUUAGCUCCCAAUUCACUGUUCCAACGGACACCCAGAACUGCUUCAGGUUCAACUUGUAGUUCAAAUUCUUCAGUCAAUGCUGGCGGUAAGUGCUGUACUUUUGUUGUAUGAAAGGAAGGUAAACUAUCAGGAUAUUCUCCGAAUGACGGGAAGCUUUCAGAUCUCAAAAUCUUUGGGUCCUCUUGACAUGGAGCAUGAAAUUUUGGACACUGACUGCCUGAACCAGAAGUCUGAGUACUUGAAGUGGGUGGGGACUUUGCAGGGUGUCGAUGGCUGAACGAGCCAUUGCCAACUUGAUAGUUUAUUGCCUCUGAUGGUCUCUCAUCUUCGUGGAUGAACAAUGGUCAGUGUCAGGAAAACUGGGAGGGUUCAAUUGUGGGAAGCUUUCAUAGAAAGGCCCAAUUUGUAUUGAACCAUCAGCACCUUGAACUGAGUCGAUCACGAGCUGGAGUUUGCUUAGAGAAUAAUGACCUACUUUCUUGAUUUUUCCGGAAGGGCACCUUGUUAUCCAUGUUGCCUGCAUAUCCUCUUUAGAGAAGUUGGACAAACUGCAAAAACAGGAAGUUCAAGCAGCCAAUGGUUAGGUAGUUUAGUUUGUACAUAAAUACUUACUUGAAAACAAAAACCAUAUAAAGAAAAAAAAAUAUAUAUAUAUAUAUAUAUAUAUGGUGGACUCGUCCAUUAAAAAUUGUUAAGUCUCAGAUCCAAGGUUUUGCUUUUUAACAACAUUGCAGGGUGAAUGGAGAAAGAAGGCGGUUAUCCCGUUGGCUCAAAGAAAACUUUGAAAAAUUCUACUUGUUUAGUGAGUACAUUAAAUCCAUGGCCUAACAGGGGUGUGUGUGUGUGUGUGUGUGUGUGUAUUUCAUAUUUAAACUAGUUUUUCUGUUAAACCAGGCUAUUCUUCUCUAAAUCAAGGCAUUUAUGGUAUUGUAA